GAAGAACGGAGGUCGAAGAGGAGCCUGGCAGCCUGCGACGAAACGACGAAGACUGAAGACGCUGUGAACUGCGAACACCAGCCGACCUGCAGCCACCAGCCGCGGCGCAGGAAGACGUCGCCCACUCGGCCGUCCUUUCUCUCCGGCUCUCCCCUCUGCCUGUAGCUCUUGAGCUCCAGCCUCUAGGGGCAGAGCGAGGAGGUCAAGGUGGUCAGCCGCCCCCUGGAAAUUUGAGAAUAUAUAACACUUGAAUACCUUCGAUAUGAUAUAUUAUGACUUCGUAACUCAUUACGAGUUAAAAGUUACUACUCUUGCAAAAUCAGCACUAUCUAAACUUGAAUUGAAAUGAGUAAAAUUUGAUGUGUAAUAUUGAUUAAAUUCUCAAUUUUAAAAAUAAUGUCUAAAUCAAUCACUCAUUACUUACGUGAAGUUUAUAAUGUACUACCUCCGUCCCUUAAAACUUUGUCAAAGUUGACCGGGACGGAGAAUAAUAAAGUAAAAAAUGUGUGGUUGAGGUUUCUGCAGAGGAGAGAGAAAUAACAGAAACCACAAAAAUAAUUGAUUAAAAGGGAAAGUGACAAAGUUUUUUGGAACGUCCCAAAAAAAGAAAGAUGACAAAGUUUUAAGGGACGGAGGGAGUAUAUGACAUUUAUAUGAAAUAUAUAACUCUAUUACUCUCAUUUAACUAUGUACUAUAAUGUAUAUGACAUUUAUAUGAAAUAUAUAACUCUAUUACUCUCAUUUAACUAUGUACCAUUAUCUAAACUACACAUGAAAAAUUCAACUCAAAUAUUGUUUAAAAACAAUCCACCCUUUUUAUUUUGUACGUAGUUAAAUUUCAAACCCUAAAUCGCUUUUUGACUCUGCCACUCAAUGUAUUCCUCCUCUAGAAUUAAUUAUCCGAGUCCAAAGGCCAAUUCUGGAAAAAAUUAGCAUUAUAGGAGUCCGUUUGGUGACCUUGUUUUUCGACUUAUCAGCCAACUUUUUCACCAAACACAUAACUUUUGAUUUCAUGUGCUGAAUUUUGUAAUAAUUAGAAAAGUAAAGCUUGAGUUACUUUUCUGGCAGCAUUUGGCUGAAGUUAUUGUAGAUAAUCAUUCUAGCUAUUUUUUCAUGUAAUUUUUCUUUAUUUGAUUAAUAAAAUACAUUUUAAAUAUAAUUCUUUCUUAAAUCAGCAGAAUCAGUCAAUGCAGCCAAAAUUUCAUAAAUUUUAGCAGAAUCAUUCGAUUCAACCGAUUUGAGUGUUAGCAAACGGACUCUAUAUAUACCCUCCGUAUUUAUCAAAGGGCAUGCUGAAAAAGAAUUUUGUGCUACUAGGACUGCUUACGGGCCGUCCGUAUCUACACCAACACUAGAGACGGCCCAUGUGAACGAGUCUUCUUUUCUUCGCAUCGCCUCGCCUGGCGCCUUCCCAUGCCACUCCUACCGGCGGCCCGUCUCGCCUUGCGCCUUCACCUGCCGCCCUGUGUCCGUUCACGGUCCACCUCGCCGCCGUUCCGCUUCCCUCGCCUGAAUAUUCUGAUUUGCGCGUCUACCGACCACUGCGCCGGCGCACAUCGACACUCUUUGUUUCCUCUCCUGGCUCGUGCACUCAUCUAGCGCCAGAGUGUUCCAGACGGCAGUAGUGCGUUAUAGUCUGCAGUUCGUUUGCAAAUUUGCAUUAAUAUACAGACAUAUAGCAAUUUGCUACCCCACCCCAAGUUAGAAGAACACAAAGCUCAGGGCACACCAGACCCUUUGGAAGACGGCUGCUGCUCUCCUGAUCCAAAUUAAUCGGUUAUUUUAAAACCAUUGAAUGGCUGGAUCAGUAAAAACAUGCUCUAUUGAGAACAACCCAAGUACCACUGAAGAUUGGACCGUUGUUCUUCCUCGACGUCCAAGGCUGAAGAAGAUUACUUGCAAAACAAGUGAUCCCUCUGAAGAACAAAAGCAAGAACAACCUUGGGCUCCACAAGAUUAUGAAACAGACCCAGAAACUGAAUUAAAGCUGAUGCAAAAGAUUCAAACUUGCAUCCAGAAACUUGAAACCUCGCACUUUUGGCUGAACUUCCUAGACCAAAUACAAACAGGUGAAACUUCAGAUCAGAUUGGACGGGUUUUGGGUCCUGAAACGAAGGUCUGCAUGGUAAUAUAUGGCAUCGGCAGCAUAGAAUCAUUUGAACCGCCCAGAUUGCAACUCAGCCUUGCGAUCUUGAUGAAAAGGGAGCUUAGUUGGAUCGGAGAGAUAGAAAUAUUUGAUCCGAUAAUAUCUUUAACAGAAUCUAGGGUUCUGGAAUCGCUUGGGUGCUCUGUUCUGUCUAUAAAUGAGAAUGGUCGGAGAGAAGCAAUAAAACCCACACUGUUCUUCAUGCCACAUUGUGAGGCGGAGUUGUAUGAAAAUCUGUUGCAGGCGAAUUGGACUGUUGAUCUUCUGAAUCAUAUAAUUCUGUUUGGGAACAGUUUUGAGGAAUAUGAGCAUCACAUGUCGAUAUGCAAGAACCUUUAUUCUGCAGACCCGAGAAAGCAUAUCAUAGCUGCAAGGAAAUUCUCUAAGGAGUUUAGAAUCAAAUGUUCAGAAGAUUGCCUUCGAGCUUUCCAUAGUUCCAGUUGGCAUUUCUUUAGUAUUGACCCAGGGGCAGCAUUACCAAAGGUUUAAUGUAAGCCAUAGCUGUAAGUUAUUUUUCUAAAAUGUAAGAGAUGUACUUGUGUUAUUGGGACACACAAAAUCUGUUAAUGUUAUGUACUCUUGUAUCUGUAAUCUGUAUGUUUGCAUCACUGCCAUCUACAAAAACUAUGAGACCACAUGAUGGCAUACUAAAAUAGGUACAACUGUAUGAGUGGGGAGAUAUAAUAAAUUACAUUUUACACUUGAGAUUCUCACAACUGUAUGAGUGGGGAGAUAUAAUAAAUUACAUUUUACACUUGAGAUUCUCUAUUUAUCGAGAAAUUGUACUUCAAAUUACAGAAGGA